GUGUUGUAAUCGCGUGUCGUUAUUCUAACGACACGUCGCACCUCUUCUUUAUCUCUUUAAUUAAUAUUUCGUUUUUUCCUUUUCUUCUUUGCCAGUACUGCAAGGUGAUUCCGCCGGUGGUUCUCAACCCUGUUGUGGCGCUGAGGGGGAUCUUGUCGGGACACAAGCCCAAGAUUGUCCCUCAAACCUUACGGGCUACCCAGGCUCGAGGGUUUUAUAUGAAUCCCGGUGCUGUGGAGGGCCUUGUCGGCACAGAGCCAAGCGUCCAGAUAAUUGGGAUGUUUCUGGUUUCUUCUCCUUUUGAGAGGAUUCCCCUCGUUCUCGAGGAAUUGGACCUGCUCCAUGAUACCCUCGUGGAGGCUGUGUUCGCCGGUAAGUUAUCCCCUGUAUAUGGGAGGAACUUGCUGGAAAAGAGGGUGGAGUCUCUCCUGGGCAACAUGCCCUUGCACCUGGAUCCUAACCGGAACCUAGCCAUUUGCUGCGGUGAUGGGAUAAACAAGGUCACGUUUUACCUGGCUGGAUGAUUUGCGUUUACGGAGGCUUACUCUGAGGACGGGUGGAGCGACAGCGUCAUCCUGAUGCGGUGGGGAGAGUCCGGUGCCGUCAAGCAUGGCUUUGCGUCUCUGGGGAUGACUUCAGUCGAGUCGCUAAGGUCUUAUCUCGCCUCAUCCGGCAGCUCCGAAACCUUGGUAAGGAUGACGUUUCCAAUUGGAGGAAGCGAUGUCCGGCUUCACAUUUCCAUAAAAACUUGAUGUUGUUCGUCAGGUUUCUCCGGGCUAAAAGGAUGCUUUGUCAGCUUGUCGUCCAGCGCCCUGGAGAUUUGGUUUAUGUGGGGCCAGGGGUCGUUCAUCAGGUCAUCAACCUCGGCGUUUCCCUUGCUGAGGCUGUGAACGUCGGGGGGUUGGCCUGGAACUCCUCUGGAAAUCGAUUUAUCCCUUGCGGCUGCCCGAAUACCGCCGUAGGUUUGAUCAGACCGAACAUCAGGUCUCAGGCCGUCAUCCAAAACAACGUGCGGCGCGUAUAUGAGUGUAAGGUUCGACGGUAUCCCUUCGUGACGUUGUCUCCUUCCAAGUACGACGCGCACGUGGAAUUUCACCAGCGCGCCCUGACAAAGCUUCUGCCUCGGAGGUGUGUUCGAGGAAGAACGUGCGGAAGCAUGAUGCGUCGUGCGCGAGAUCUUCCGCUAAAGAGGGUAUGGGUGAUUCCUUGCCCAAGUUCACCCGCUCGACUCGCCGUAACCGUGACUCGGGAAAUGCUCCUGUUGCUAGAGCCUCCCAGCCUCAGCGCCGGAAGUAGUUAGGUUUAUUUAGUAAUGUAUUUGUAUAGUUCGUAGUGUAAGAUAGACUAAAAUAGUUAAUAGAUGUUGCACCGAUGGCUGUAAAUUGUUGCAAAUAGUAGUAAGUAAGUACCGCGCGGUAGGCGAUUGUAUAUAUUUAAUGACUAUGUUUUAACACUAUUCAAUUGCUUCUACGACCGCGAGUGAUAGUACUUGACCGAACUUGAUAUGUGCUUUUAGCUAUACAGUGCAGGUAUGCGUUGCAUAUUCUAAUAAAGAUCUCUGCUUUAAGGAA